GUCACAGCACAUCGACACCAACCGCGACAGUGUUCAGCGCGUUAUUCUGCGCUGUUUCUAAAUAACCUAAAAAGUUGAACAAGCCAGAUUAUUUUUAGGAAUAAUCGUAGCGAUUAUCAUAAAAUACUCAUGACUGCUUCGAAUUUAUAAAAGUUAGUGCUGUGAAGUCGACGCCCAUCUCGGAGGCGUACGUGGAGUGUAUUUUUGUGCAACACAAAGCAAAUACAAACGGCAAGCUGUGGGGAUCAGGGGCCUUUUUUUUGCCGCCGCAGGGGAUGUACUAUCCUGUGAGUAACGGCAAUGUCAUCGAUACGGGGACCACAACCCUACUGCACAUGGUGGGGACGGGUAUGGCGAACCCGUUCCCUGCGGCGGCGGCGGCUGCGGCCGCGGCGGCACAGUUCGCCGCCAACGGCGACGCGCUGGCGGUGAAGCCCGACGCCAACGCCGCCAACCCGCCGCAGCCGCCGCUCGUCAAGAGCGAGGGCCCGCCGCCGCCGGCGCCGCUCCCGCCGGCCAACUUCUCACCGCAACCGCCGCCUCAACCUCACCCGCCCAACUCCAUAGACAACCAAAAUAGCAGCUCACAAAGUGACGGUGAUUCAGCAGAAGAGAGCACACCCGUGAGUGUCGCGGCAGUGGUGGCGCAGCAAGCGGCCGCGGCCGUGGCCGUGGCGCAGCAGGCGGCGGCGGCGCACGCGGCGGCCGCGGCGGCCAGCGCGGCCGUCGCCGCCGGCGCCACCGCCGCCUCCCCCGACAAGCUCGUCCCCGUCUCGCAAGCCUCCCAGCCCAAGCGGUUACACGUCUCCAACAUCCCCUUCAGAUUUAGAGACCCCGAUCUCAGAAAUAUGUUCGGGCAAUAUGGCACAAUACUUGAUGUAGAAAUUAUCUUCAACGAAAGAGGUUCAAAGGGAUUCGGUUUUGUAACAUUCGCAAAUAGUGGUGAUGCGGAGCGAGCACGAGAGCGUCUUCACGGCACCGUGGUUGAGGGCAGAAAGAUAGAGGUUAAUAAUGCGACGGCAAGAGUUCAGACAAAGAAACCUCCCACAGUACCAAACGUGUGCGUCCAGUGGCCCGAAGCCGUGCAGCGCGCCACCGCCGCCGCCAUGCUGCGCCGCGAGCCCCGCGGCCCCCUCGACCCCUCCCUGCAGCACGCCGUGCUGCCCCGCGCCGCCUACGCGUCGCCCUUGCACGCUGCCUAUGCACAUGUUUAUUACGACCCGUUCUUAGCUGCAGCCGCGACGGCUGACUCCAACUACAGACUUCAGGCCGCGAAGCCGGCAGCCGAGGCGGCAGCAGCAGCCGCCGCGGCCGCCGCGCCGCUGCUGAAGUCGCCGCUGACGUCGGCGCAGCACGCCGCCGCGGCCGCCGCCGCCGCCAACUACGGCGCCGCCGCGCGCGCCGCCGCCGCCGCCGUCAGCGCCGCGCCGCAGCCCACCGCGCUCACGCCCCUCGCAGCCACGUACGGCAGAGAAUACGCAGACCCCUAUCUAGGCCACAGCAUCGGCCCUGUCACGGGUUAUGGGACGGCGGUGUACAGAAGCGGCUACAACAGGUUUGCGCCGUAUUAAGCCAGUGGAACAAAUUACGAUUUUUACUCGAAUAUAGAUCUACCUUCGUUUCCUUUGCCCUAACAUGACAAUGGACUCUCUUUGUAAAGGUACAAACAUAAUUUUAUUAUAUAUUAAGGAAACAGUAAUAGUGCUAGCCGGUUACUGUACAAGCAAGCUUGGGUAACAUAGUCGUCCGCCGUUCGGGCGGACUCAAGAUACCAAAGUCAUUAUUAAACUUUCUAACACAAAUAGUAUAUUAAGUUGAGCUGUUAUUGUUUCGUGUAAUGCAUAUACAAGUGCGAGCAGCUAACAUGAUGCAUACGACGGUUUUGAUACUUGUAAAAAACCUACUUUACUCUGUCGCUCAGGUGAGUGAACCUACCUAAAAUGGUAAUAAAUAAUGUACGUUAUUAUUUAGUGUAGAUGUUACACUUAAUAUGUAAUUGACAAUAGAACAAUACUUCAUGUAAUAACGAUAUUUAGUGAGCUUUGCACUUGCAUAUCAUAGGAAAAUUGUAAAUAUUGAAACCCAAUCCCAUUUCGACUUGUUAGUUUACGUGUAUAAACAUUUGGCUGAAACCUGAUAAUUUGAAAAUUGUUAAUAUAGGUAGGAACUCCCUUUUACAGCUACCUAACUUAGGUACAUUUUAGUUUCCUACUGAACAAUCGAACAAAUGCUUGUUUUAAACGCACCGAAAAUCGAUUUUUAAUCUAUUACGUAGUAUAUUUUACUUUAGGAACUCAAACUAUUUUAUAAGUAGGUACAGGCGCAAAACUAAUCAUUUUAGAACUGUUUUGAAAUGUAUCGUGGUGCAAAUAAAUGCGGUGCCAUCUACUCGGUUGUUAUUUUACGACAUAUUUUUCUAAAAGUUACCUAUGUACUACGUACGUUUUUGAUGUUUUACUUUAGUUUGUAUAGUAAGUAGUAGAGAUUUGGUCGGUACAAGUGGUCCGCCACACGAGCCGCGUCCGGAGCCCGGGCGCGGGCUCGCUGACACAGCUUCGCAAGCUUCCCUAAAUAUUUACUUUCCCAUCCUGUUUAUUCUAAAUUCAACUAUUGAUCGCUAGUUUGUAAAUGAUAGCAUUUUAUUGAAUCGUAAUCGUAGGCAUAACGCUUAUAUGUAGUGUAUAAGAAAAGAAGGGAGCUCCAUCGAGCUCUCACAUAUCAUUGAGAUUUCUCCUUGUAAAUUAGUUUACACUAUAUUUUCAGUAACGGUUUCUAAUUAUUGACAGCGCUAUUUUAAUAUUUUUAUCCGAUUUAUCUUAAUUUUAUUGAUCAAACACGCGUUCGGGUCCAACCCUUUUAGACGUCGUAAAUUUUAGAUCGAGUGUUUAAAUUAGGAUUGUAAAUUCGCUCAAACUUUAUACCAAAGCACAAAAACCCAUCGAUUCAUACGCAUUGGAGCAUUCGUGUCAUUCAUUACCACUCAAUAGAUUUAGUAGUCUUUCAGUUAGAAAAACUUACAAAGUCUGCAAAAUCACGGCAUCACUCAUAAGGCCCACGUUUUACACCUUCGAGUAGAACUUACCAAACGAUACCCGCUUGCAGGUGUAAAACUGGCGUUUCAAGCCAAGACACACAUUUAUUCCUAUGAAUUGACAUGUAGUUUGCCAUUUAGAUUAUUAAUUUAACCCCACAAACAAUAGAUCUGAUUUUUUGAUUAUUAAUUAUUUUUAAGCCUUUUUAUGUGACUUCUCUCAAUUUGAAUAUUUAAUCGAAUAGCUACUGCCAUGAACAAUUUUAGUUAAAUUUUUAAGCAAACUCGAUAAUGAUUAUUUCGCCAUUUCAAUUUGAACUACAUAUUGAAUUAGUAACAUAUCAGAUAAUAUAGAGAAGUGUUGUCGCAGAAGGGAUACCUACUUGGAGAGCCAUGGAAAAGCGCAGGAGCGACUGCGCAGAUAGCUUUAAUUAUUAUCCACUUUAAGUAUAGGGCGUCCACUCGUCUCCGUAGUGAGUUGUCUCGAGUCUCGUCGACAAGCGUCGUUAGCCGGCAACAAUCAUGACAAGUUCGGUCUUAGAGGUCUAGUCCUUCGCGCACAAUCUACCUGUAAUUAUUAUAUUUGAAGGUGCUUUUGUAAAGGUUUCAUGUGAUAAUUAAGAAUCCAGUUUUGUGUACCUACCUUCUAAACCGCGUUUUAAGUAUACCUAUUAUUUUAUUGGUUCUACUAUUCUAUUAAUUAAGCGAUAUUGUGUCAUAUUUUCCGAGUGCCGGUUAUUUUACAUUCUCUCUUUUAGCGCCACUGGCUAUUUACAAUUAUUCGUUAAUAUUAAUCAUUAGGAUAUAUCAUUACUGUAGUCAUGUUGCAGCUUCGAACAAUUAUUUGUGCUUUACUGCUGAAUACUCAUGCGUGUAUGCGUAAUUUUAGGAGGGUCUUAGAUUUUGAAUGUAACUGAUUGUUUAAUGCAAUUUUAUGUAAAGUACAGAAACAAGUACAUGUGAUUCGUCAGGAUGAUUUUUAUAUUUUUUUGAUGUAGAUGUAGUGAUGUCACAAACAUGUUGAUCUAUCUAGUGUCUGAAGCUAACGGGGCGAGUUCCGGGCGGGCGCACUAAGCUCUCGCUUUAAUCAGUUUACCGUGAUUCGUGAACAAAUUCUGCUCCGUGACAAUUUACUUUAAAUCUUAUCUUAUUUAACUACGAUUGGACGCGUCCAUAACUCGCCCCGUUAUCUUUAUUUUUUUUUCAGAUUUGUAGAUGAUUUUUUGAGAUUUUAUUAGAAAUCACAGAAGUCCUUAGUUUUAUAUGAAAGUUUCGUAAUCUAAGCCAAAUUGUUAUUACGUGGAGAAAAUCUGAAUUUAAAUAACAUAUCUGACAAAAUGGUUAGUGUGCUACAAUAAGAAAAGAAAAAAGCAUCAUGAACAAUGUAUAAAUAUAAAGUAUGAUCAUUAUAAUAAGGAUGAUAUGUAUUUUGUAACGCGAUUUGUUUCUCAGUUUUUAUGAGAUGUUGAAUUUCAAACUGUUCUCGUUUCCGUAUGCUGUGCACAAAAUUAUAUCGAUGGCUUCGAUUCCGUAGUUACUAGAUCUAAAACGAAUUGUUAUAUUGUGCAUAAUAAGGUCAUAUCAGUAGUGUUGUUAGCGAGUGUCGAUGAUUGCUAACAGCAUCGCACGCGGCGAGUAUGACUACUGUUACUGUGAGCACGCACACGGUUGCGCUCGCGCCCCUCCCGAUACCAUUAGACAACUUGUCUCAAAACUACAUACUGUUCUCUAACUAGGACCUAUUAAACUACUAAUAUACGUAGACCCUAGAAGGCUUAUUUCAAUCCCAUCAGAAUCAACUUGUAAUUUUGUAAGUUUGUUGCAACCGGGCGCGGGCGCAUCUCUAACGUGCUUUGUAAAUAAUGUUAUCGGCGGGCGACCGCUGCAUGUUGUGCGAUUGAUUUCUGCCUUCGGGCCAAUAUUGUUAACGUAGCCAGAGUUAUAAGUAUCACUUGUUCGUCAAUUGCACACGUCGACGCUGAUCAGUUAAGUAGUAGCGUACUCAGAUUUCUAUUAGCAGGGUUAGUAAUUACGCCUACGUAUCCAAAUGUCUGAUGUACAUUUAAGAUUGAACUCGUAGACCUGCCCGAAGCCGAGACUCCAAGCCACAAGCCAGACUCGGUGCUCAAAGUUGGCACGUCUAUGAGUUCAAUAAAUCGAUUAUUAAACGAGGGAACAGGUGGACGCGGCGCACACUAAUCGUCGAACAUUAAGUUAGAGGAUGCGCGAGCUAUGUUGGCGUGUGGCUUGCGAGUCAGGCGCGACGUGUCGUGUGCGCGGUAACCAUCAGUUGCGGCCGCACCCACACGACAGCAAGCUCGCCGCGGAGUAUAUUUUUCGUAAGUAGUAGCCUAAAGGCAGCGGCGAAGUGUGCGCCGCCUUGAGCCGCCGCCGCGCCGCGCCGCGCCCGCGGCCCUACGACCAGUAUUUGAGAUACUAGUAACGUGCUCAAUUUCCGUAUCUGUAUGUUGUACGUAUACCUAAUGUUAAACGUAAAUGUUUUAAAAUUAACUAACCUACAAUAGAUUUGUUACAUAAUAAAUGUCUUCCGUUUGGCACAUUUAUAGAUUCGUCGCACGUUUUAUUGCUGCACAGUAAUAUUUGACAAGUGAUUUUGAUUACUCGAGCCGAGUGCACAGCGAGCUCCCUAAUAAGAUUUGUGAUAAAGUAAUUAGAUUUUCGUUUCCCGUGUGGCAAUUUUAAAUAGAUUGCAAGCUGAUUUUUCUCUUUUAUUGUAAAUAUUUUUUUCAAUUGUGAAAUAUUGAAUGAAGUGAAUAAUUUUAAGCCUUUGGCAUUGUAUACUCAUUUACGUUAUUAAUAAAUUAUAGUAUGAA